AUGCAGCUGGCCAUCCGAAAAGAGGCGGCGCAGAUCUUCUUGAGCGGAAGCUACUUGAAGGCGCCUUCACGCUGGGCGGUUUGGACAGGGAAGGAGGCGCUCAGCAAAGUCUGUGAAACGAUCCACGAACACCGACAAGAACCGACCAUGCACGAGCUCUUCCGCAAGACUGCGGAGGCACUGCCCUUGAAGUAUCCCUUAGGGGGCGACACCUUAGCGCUCUGCGACCUGCGUGGCUGCCGGACUGUGGCAGAUGUGACGUGCAUCUUCCUACAGCGCAUUGUGGCGGAGCAUCUCCUGCGAGAAGCUGAUCGCAGACUUUGGUCGGUGGCACGCAAGCAGCAUGGAGCCGGGGGGACCGGGGAAAAGGUGAAUGGUACCAUCGUUGAAGCGAUGAAGCGUGGGGAAUUUCAUGUUUAA